AUGGGGUCAUUCUUUUCAAAAGAAAAGACAGAUUCCAAGGAUUAUGAAAAAAUCCUGUCUGAACUAGACAAUAAAAUUCAGAAAGCAGAAUCAAGACUGUCAGAGAUUAAAAUACGACAGAGAAGGACAAGCUUCAUGUGGAUAAUCUAUUCACUCAUCAUUUGGGUGUUUUGUCUUGUUUAUCUGUUUAGACGAGUGAAUGAUCCAUUUAAUAGCGCUGAAGACUAUUUGAUACCAUCCUUACCUGUUGUCUUGUUACCUUUAGGCAUCUAUUAUAUUCGAAGAGGCUUGAUUUAUUUUUAUGAUAUGAAGCAAAAGAAAGAAGAAGCAAACUUGUCAGUCCUUCGAAAAGAACAAAAAGAAAAGAUUGAAGAACUCAAAAAGAAGACAUCCUAUUAUACAACACAAUCCUUAAUAGAACGUUAUGACGAAGUAUCAAAAAAAAAGAAGAUUGAGGCUACGAAAGAAAGUGGACAAGAUUUACGUCAGAGAAAGCCAGUCUCUAUGCCUGUCAACAGACCUAUUCCUCCCCUUCAACAACAACAACAACAACAGCAACAGCAACCACAACCAUAUCCUCGUGCUCCUAUUCCACAACAAGCUAUGCAGAACUAUAGUAACCAACAAAGACUUGCUCAACCUAAUAUUUCUCAACAGUCAAGGGUCGAGCCUCGAUGGUAUGAUAAGUUGGUAGAUGCUCUAGUGGGUGAUGCAGGCCCAGAGACAAAAUAUGCCUUAAUCUGCAACCACUGCUUUGCUCACAAUGGUCUAGUCUUGCAAGAAGAAUAUGAUACGAUUCAAUAUGUUUGUCCCGUCUGUAAGCAAUUCAAUCCUUCACGCAAGUCAAAGCAAGUCAUACCCAAAAGCAUCUUGGAAGAAAACGAUACAGACGAAAAAGAACACAAGCCGAGUGAAAAAGAGAUUGAGGAUGUUAUUAAACAACUUAAAAAGGAGGUUGAAGAAGAUGAAAAGAAGGGAUUAGAUACGAUUGCCUCUCGUGUGAGACACCGUCGUAGUGCGAACAGUGAUGCUGAUGUAACAGAUAAUGAGGAUAAAUAA